AUGCCUUUAGAUUAUCAGUUAUUUUCUAUUAGGUCCAAUUCGUUCCGGCAGACUAGCGGUGGUAGGGCAUUGCAGGGCUCGGAGGGGGGAGGCUAUCGUGGCGCCACUUCAAGCAGCUCCCUUAUGGGCAGCUCCAGCAUCUCUGCCCACCCCCUCCUGCCCCUCGGCGACCCCGCAUUGGGAACCCCGGCUCUGUCUCUGUCAUGCGGUUCGAUGACACUGGAUUCUCCGACGACUGUGACGACUGUCUCGAUGGGAGGGACGAGUCACCGUCGCGACGACACAGCUACAUCCUUUCGGACGCUCACCUCUAUCGACGUACAUUCGCCUGCCAGCCCGAACCAGGCCCCAGCUCAGCGGCAGUUGCAUGCUACCAGUCAGCAGCGGAUUACAACAGCAGGUCGUAUCAGCCCCUCUAACAGCGUAUCUUCCCCUGAAUUCCCUCCGCCACGGCCUUUGCCCCGUUAUCCUUGGCAGCGUUCGGUUAGUUGCCGAGAAUUGUACGCCUCGAGUUUCGAGGACUCCGGCAAGGCACUCCCAAAAGAGGAGAAAUCCUCCGGCGAGUCUGUCUUGACGCCAUUCCAAUUGCCAUCCCAGGGUGAGCUCGACAAUCCCGUCACGCGCUAUGACGAGAGCAAUCGUUCUUACAGUGUCGCCAGCUCAAAAUUACCCUCCCUCGAACAUGACUCAGUCCCGGAUCGUAUUUACAGUAGCUCAUAUCCUGGUACAUCGUCAGUGUCAACUGAAUCCGGACACGAGGAGUCCGGCCAAGCGGGAGAUCUCUCUCACGACGAUCUUUCUCAUGAUUCUUAUGAACUAUUGGAACGUGAGCACGAAUUUGAAUAUCCAGAAUCUUAUUCGAGUCCUCAUAAUGAGGCAAUGUCUGAUAAUAGCGACGAAGGAAUCGAACCGGAAAUGUUCCAAAUGGACUCUGAAACCGAUUCAUUCGUCAAGCAUCGUUCGAAAAAAUCCACCGAUAAAGUAUUCAAAUCCGUGCUCACUGACAUUAAAGCCAAGUCCAUCGAUCGGUACUCAGCCGUUAGUAAGCCAGAUGGUGAAUUUGUCAUCACUGAGUCUAGAAUUCAUCGCUCAAACACACAAAUAGAACGUAAAUUUGAAUCUCGUCCCGCGAAUUCCAUCGAAACGAAACCACCUCUUCCCCAUCAGGAUUCGAAUAAAAAGGAUCCUGUGGUCCUGCAGGUGCAGAAACAAAAAAUGACCGUGUUAAAUGAAUUAAAGAAUUUAAAAUCAAAGCAUAAAAUCACUCACGUAGAUUCCGAAGUAUUGAGAGACGAGGGAAUUAUGAGACCCAAGUCGCGAAUCGACGAUAAUCUUAGUCCUGUGGAAGGUAAAAAAUCGGGUAGGACAACUAGGGCGCGUAGUAUUGCGAGUUUAGAGGAUUAUUCGUCGAGGCAGUAUGUGGAAACUGGUAGCUUAGGGCGGGGUAAUAAAUCUUCGCGAAGACGUGAGGCGGAAGCGAAAGUAGAUAAAAUCUUUUCGAAGAUACAGGAGAAGGAACGAAAGCGCAUUGAGAGAGAAAAUUCCAGAGAAGCUAGGAGAAAUGAAAAAUCCGAUUUUAGAGAACGCAGGGAACGUAGAAGUAUCGAACGAUUAGAUUCGCGUGAAAUUUACAGGCGUCGCAGUAUGGAACGUAAUGAUUUACGGGAAUUGAGAAGAAGUAUCGAAAGAUUAGACACCAGGGAACCAAGUUACGAACCAUCUGAAUUUUAUCCAGAUACGUUCUACAUUGAACGUGAAAGACGUAAAAGUCUCGAUAACUUGGAUAAUGUCUAUAAAGACAAGAGUCAUCGAUAUUCUGAGCCACGGCAGCGACGAGAGAGAAGUAUCGAACGUCUCGAUUCACGGGAAACGCGUCGAAGUCCCGGCAAGAGUCCAAAGAGUCCGAAAAGUCCCAAGAGCCCCAAGAGUCCAAAGAGUCCCUUAGACUAUAAUCAAAGACACGUUCUCGAACGUAAAGACUCCGGACAUCGAACUUCAAUCGAUUAUCUAAAAGAUUCGAGACGCAAGAGUAUCGAGCGUUUAGAUUCUCGGGACCGACCGACUUUUGAUUUUGAUCCCGUCGCUAUUGAACGUCUAAGUUCUUUAGAGCGUAGUUAUGUCGAACAGUUUAAUAUUAAAGAAAAGUUGAACGACAAAAAGUACGAACGAAAUAAGAGUCUUGAAAAAGUGGAAUCGACUGAACGUAAAAGUUUAGAACGGUUUGAUUCGAAAGAAAGGAGGAGUUUGGAUUAUGUCGAUGAAAGAGAUAAUAUUGAAAGACAAAAGAGCAUCGAAAAAUUAGACUUUAAGGAUUCGAGGAGAAACGGAAAAACAGAGAGAGGAUUCUCUGAGGAAAAGCCACGUGAAAGGGACGAUUGGAGAAGUUUGGAGAAAGCAAGAAAGGACAAUGAACGUCGAGAGAAGGAACGGCAAGUGAAACUGUCAAUAGAGUCACGCACAGAAACUGUGAUAGGUAUUCCCAAUGAAGAAGAAAUUCUGAAACCUAAAGCAGUGUUUACCGAAUAUGAUCCCAAAAUAAUCGCUGGAGUUGUUGUAGGUUUCGACGAUUCUUCAUUGCCCGGUCACAUUCCGGUAGAACGCACAAAGAGUGAUCCUAAUCCAGCUAGACAGAGAAUAGGGUCAAAUAGCAAGAGGCACAUGCUGAUGCAUCAGAAGUCAAUAGACUUAACUCCAGCCGAUUCUGGCGAUGAGGAUGCAUUUGCUGACGGAGUUUCCACUCAAAAGUCCACUGUCGAUAUACCCUACACUUUGCACAAACGACACGUUAUGAAUGGCACUGCCUCUGAGGACAAAUCGGAAUCGGAUAAUGGCAAAAUACCAUGUUUAGAUUUAUCAAAAAUACCACCAAUAGACAAGCCCAUUACCAAACUAUCCCCCGAUAAACCAAGAAGUAUUUUAGUAAGUCCCGAUAAAUCAAAGUCAAUUUUAAGUCCCUCUGAUAAAUCCAGAACUAAUGUAACCACUGGUCCAAAACGAUCACCAACCGAACGCAAGACCUUCGUUUAUAAUUUAUCACCCACUGACAAAUGCCCCACAAAAACAAAACCACCAACAGUCUGUCGACUUUCCCCAAAGUCUAUGUCCUUAGACUAUUCCAAAUCCGAUGCUUCCACAAGCGACAGAACGUGUAUUAAAUCUUCAAGUCUCGAUAAAAAGUCUUCCAAAAUAUCACCCACCAAAGCAUCAGUUACAAUUAUUUCCAUUAAAGAGAAAAAAUCACCCAAAGUUUCACCUAAAGUAUCGCCAAAAGUCUCACCCAAAGUUUCACCAAAAAUAUCUCCCAAAGUAUCACCGAAACUAUCGCCAACCGAUCCUCUCGUUACAAUUGUUUCGGUCCUCGAAAAGAAACGAAUGUCCGACGACAGAUCGAGGGACAAAGCCUUUAACUUUGCCGACGUCGUUGGACUUGAAAUCAAACAGGAAUUGGGACGAAGGGAGAAGGAAAAGUUGAAAGUACCAGACGAUAGUUUAGAGAAGCAGGACAGUAUUGAAAAAAUCCCCCUGCCUGAAAUUCCCACAUUGCCUUUAGAAUCCGUAACUUUGGUUACACCGACUGAACCUGGUGCCAAAAAACCACCUAUACCCGAUAAGCCAUUAUUAAGAAAUUUACCCAGUAAACUUUUAAUUACUGAUCAUUCCGAGGACAAGACUGAUAGCUUAGUUAAAGGUGAUAAAACUUCACCAAUUUCUCCAAAACUCAUUGUAUCGCCCGAAAAAUCGAAAAUAAUCAGAUCAAAGAAUUUAGAGAAGCCAACUAUUCCUGAAAAAACGAAACGUAUAUUAGAUAGGAUAGAGUCGAGAUUUACCGAGGCGAAUAAAAAUUCGGCUACUAAAGUUGCAAGGCCGAAAAUCAUUGACACUGGUUUUGAUGAUUUUGUCGAUCCAGUAGCGGAUCUUCCACUCGACGAAGUACCGAUAAAACCAGCUUUAGAAUUAGAUAGUCUAAAGGUUCCAGAAUUUACGCCAUUCAUGUUAAGGCCUCAUGGCGAACCAAUGCGUUCCAAAUCUCUAUCAUUGGCAGAGGAGAAAGCACCAAUUGACACUCUCUUAUCGCCUGAUCGUGAAAAUAAACACUUCAUUCAGGACGUAUCACCGAAGAAAAUUAAGAAGGCUAAAUCAGAACCGAAAAAAGACUUUAAGAAGCAAUCCAAGUCAUUGGAGGGUGACAAACCACCACUCAAGAAAGCAGGGUCAAAAGAAUCAAGAACUUCUCCAGCCAGCUCAAAAAUAGAUAAAUCUAAAUUAAAAUUAGGAGAGAUGCCUCAGGAAAUUAUAAUAAUCGAUUCCACUGACGUGGUGCCCGAAGUGAGUAUAGUUCAAAAAACAAGAUCAAGAUCCGUAGGUAGAUUAUCAGACAGUAGAUCUUUAUCAUCUUCCAAGGAUGAGAAGGACGAAAUUAAAAAACCAAAAGGAAAAUCAGCAUCCGUCGAUGAUGAUAUGAUUAAGAGUCCAGGAAGUUUGAAAAGCGAUAAACCAAGACCAAAAUCUCUUGGUAUUUCAAAGAGUUUGGGUAGUACUGAGCAGAGAGAUUCCCUUGAUAAAGUAUCACCAAAAAGAUCAGCGUCAGUCAAGGGCAAAUCUGACACUGUUAAGGAUGCAAUCAAACGUGCGGUUGAUAGCAGUCUACGUAAAGAAAUCGAAAUAGAAUCCACUUUUAAUGAUAUUAUACCUCCUCCCCUUGAAGAAAGCCUUGAAAUUGAAUCAAAAUCUGAACCAGAAAUUCUUCCAGAAGAUAAGAAAAGUUCAGAAAAGAAAGAUGUAAAGAAAUCUCCAAUAGCGCAAGAACUUGCGGAAUCUCCGGUUGUUCUACGAAAACCCGGACAGAGUCCAAUUUUAUUCGCCCGAGCUCGAUUAGGUUUGUCCGAAGGAAGUGGAAUCGGAGCUUUACAGCGACAAGGUGCAGCCACGCAAUCUCCGACCUCUCAACGAAGAGCGAAAUCACUCGACGCUCCAGUUAUUUCCCUUCACAGAUUACCACCGAUCAAUGCCUUCUCAAGUAAGGAUGACACUGUUGACAUGUCAGAGGAAGUUGAAAAGGAUGAAAAAGUUGAGAAACAGGAGGAACCGAUUCUAACCGUUGUUAAGCAACCAAUACAGGCGGAAGUUUCCCCAAAUCAUAAAUCUGAUAGUACUGAUCAUACAACCGUUCCGGAAAUUUGCACCGAUUCACUGUCUGUCACUGAAACAUCAACGCUGUAUCUAGAAUCGCCAUUAACGGAAAACAAUGAAAUAGCAAUAUGUCCGGAUUUGAUACCUUAUGAGCAAGAUAACCAAAUGAAUAUUUCAACCAGUACCAUUGAAAAAAUAGCAUCUGCCUUCCAAGAUUUGAAAAUUGAUUCAUCGACCAAAUUUAUUGACCAGAGUUCCGUUGAGUCCGGCGCUGAACAAGAAGAGGCAAAGGCAGAAAGUGUUCCUGACGUUGUUUACGUGAAGAAGAUAACAAGUCAAAUGUCAACAGAAGAUAUUAGGAGGAAUGAUUCGAGUCCGCGAAGUUCGAUUGAUAAAGAGGAUGUGCCGAACGUUACGGUUAGUGUUAUCGAUGAGGGUUGUGAAUUUCCACCCGAACCUUAUGAUUUUAAUCAAGAUCACUCAGUCAUGGUUCGAUCGCCAAUACAAAUUUCCAUUGAGGAAUGUUCUGAUGAAGCAAAAUCGAGUGAUGAAGAUGCAGAAGAUCCAGAAAUUCUCGAUCAAGAAACGUACCAGAUUGAGGUCCACGAAAAACGAAGAUUAGAUUCUGGCGAUACUAGUGAAGAUACAUUAGAUGCGAUAGAUACUCAAGUUCAGAUGCACGGAGGUGAUAGCGACAUGAGUUCGCCAGAUUAUGGAAUCGAUAAGGUUGAUGAGAAAACUCUGGUGGAGGUUGAACUGACACCGGAGUAUUUGGAAAUGAAAAAGGAGGAGGAGGAGGGUGCUGAAGAGUUGCCGGAGGAUGAACCGAUUGGUAAGGAUUCCCCCGAUACGUUGGAUCUUAAUCGACUGGGAGUCGAUCGAAAACUUCGAUUGAGCACCGAAAGGUCUAGAAGUGAAGAUACUAAUACCUGGACUCCGGAUAGGGAAGAUCAGGACUCGAGUUCGUGUUCCAUUGCCAGACCUCUUGGCAUCGGUCAAGUGCAACCUAUCAUUGACAGAAGGGAAAUCGCUCAAAUUAGAGAAUCACGUAAGGAAGGGUCUGUCGAGGAGGAAAGUAGCAGUAGUUCUCAUCCUUAUCCUAAACCAGAACUGAGUUCAACUUGGAAACCGUUCCCCUUGGAGAGUUCGGGAAGUUCGAGUCUUGAGGAAGGAUGGAUGCCACCUGACGAUAACCAUCAUCAGCCCAACUCUGAGGACAGUAAUGGUCCGAAUGAAGACAGUUACCAAGAGGAUCUGAUAAAUUUCCCAGGUGGGUUCAGCUAUCCUGUGGGUCCUGAGAUUCUCAGCAAUUACGGAGCCUUCUCCCUUUCACGAACUCUUUCGCGAAUUUCCGAAAGAUCCACAACUUCCGAACAAGACAAAAGCGAUAUGGAAGAUUCGUUCAAACCAAGUUCGAGAUCGCCUAGUAUUGAGGACGAGUCUCUAAUAUCCAGUGAUCAUCAACCGUCCUUGUCAUCAGACCCACCUUCCGGGGCGGCUCAUCCUUCCGUGUCGGAGGAUCGUAGAACUUCCUCCGAACUACCAGACAUUCCAAUAGACGUUCAGGACGACGAUGGAAAGUCACCAAAGACAAGAAGAGCCAAACUACAAUUACAAAGUUCGGAAGAUUGGCCUACACCACCCAGUUCGCCUCUCUUCGAAACUCCGGUCGUCAGUCACGUAGAGGCCUUCUACUCGGAAAUUAAACCCGAAGAAGCCGUCAAAGUGACUGUAACCGACAGCACCGACACGACCGGAAGAGUCGAUCAAGACAGCGACUCCAGCGACGAGAACCGAACCCUCCACGAAGACCUCCACUCCGCCUUCCUAGAAGACGGACAAAGUUCCGCCUCUGCAACGACAAUGGACGGCACCGUCAAAAUAGCCGUAAAACCAAAAUCAAACUCCUACAUAACCGGCUCGUCCCACAGCGAGGACACUUCCAUGGGACUCUCCAUGUCCGAAUGGUCCAGCUCAAACAACACCGUUCGCCAAUUCUGCCAGUACUCAGGCACCAAAUCCGACGACAAUUCCCUCGCAGAGUUGGGAGCCUCCAUCUCCGACUGGUCCGGCAGCACCUCCAUCAUCCCCCAACAAUUCUACUCCAAUCUCACCGAGAAAAGUCAAAGCGACACCACAACCUCCGACAAGAGCGUAACCAGCAUGCGACCAAACUCCAAAUGCCAGUUCGUCGAAAGUCCGCCUCUCCCGGACGAGGAGAAUCCCAUGAGCAGCGGCUCCUACGACAGCAAGGGCAAAAUGCUAGUCGACGACGAGGACUCCAACAAAGACGAAUUCGACGAAGCCAGAAAAUUCGUCGAAAGCCAAUUCGACGAGCACCGUCGUCGCUUCGAGGAGGACACCGGCGCUCACGCCUUCGUCGACAUCUCCCCACCGAAAAUCACCUUCGAGAACGAAUACGACGAGGCCAUCCGCGAAGACUACGACAUCCUCCCAGACGUUAUCGAAAUCUCCAAUCUCCCAGGCCCAAUCCCCGAGGAGGACGAGGACCAACUCUACGACAACGUCCCAGCCAUGAAAUACCCCAGCGGCGAUCAGGUCCGAAUGGAGGUCAAUCGUGGCGACAGUUCCGAAGACAUGCACGAACGCUACGCCGGUCUAUCCAGCAGAUCGAGGUCCGGCGAGGACGACUGGUCCCUAGACACCCAAAAGCGACUAGAGUCCGACCUCCAUAAACGAACCGACAGAUUCAGUAGAUUUCACUCCGACCCCCAAGAUCACAAAACCGGUACCAGAUCAACAGAACGACCCGUCGUUGUCCCCACUCGAGCCAAAUCGACCCCCUACUACUCGACCACCAGCCUAAGUGGCGAAUCAACAACCUCGAGUCCCCCGAUGCAGAUCCGAGCGCAAAUCAGAACGAAAACAAUGCCCUACUCAUCGAACCGAAGUCCACAAAGCGAAGGCGACACCUCGUCGAGUAUGGACAGUCCCGGUCACACUCCCGACAGGGGCCAGAGAGCUUUUCGAAGGAAACGACAACAGAGGCGACAGCGCGCCUCCAUUGAUCUCGAAAUCAAAGACGGACAAAUUGUAUCGAGCACUGAUUCCAGUUUCGACGUGGCGUCAAUUCCACCGCCUUUACUACCGGAGCCGAGUCUAGACAUCGAGAAUAUCGACUAUGAUGAUGAUGAUGAUGAUGAUAAUCAAUUCUAUGAUCCUAGAAAUGAUAAAGAUCAAAAGUAGAUCAAAGACUAGUAAAUUUUAUUGAAAGAAAACGAUGCCAAUUAAAAAAAAGUGUUUUAUUGCUCGAACACAACGAAAACUUACGGAAACUCGGUUACUACACUUGUUCCACAUGAAAUAUCAUCAUUAUCAUCGAAUUUAAUUUUAUAGAGAAGUUAAUCGCAAUCGAAAGUCAAAAAUAUUCUAGUUUAACAACGAUUUUUGUAUCCGAGUUGAGUGAGUUUUUUUCUUAGUUCUUACUUUUUGAAAGUAUAAAAUUUGAUGUGAGGAAUUGAAGGGAAUUUAAAAAGUGGAAUUGAGUUUAAUGAAUUAGAAUCGAGAGCACAAUAAGCAUUUUAAAAAAAAAGCGCUAAACUCGUACAAAUUGCUCGUCACUCUUAGGUUUCGCGGCGAAUUUGCUUUUUUUUGGUAUUAAUGACGCAGUAAUCGGAAUUUAACGAACAAUAAUUAAAAAUAAUUGGCACAUUUUGACGACUCUUCUUGAGUAAAAUAAUUUUUGAAAAGUCUGUUUUGUGGGAUUCUAUUAAAAAAACAAAACCGGUAUGAAAUGAACUCGUAAAAUUAUGCAAAAUAAUUCUUAAUUAUUCUAGAAUUCAAGAUAAUGCUGUGUCAAAAUUAAAAGUAAUAAAAUAUGCUGUUGGUGUUUAUUAUAAUUUUUUUACGAAUUAUAUUUAAACAGAAUUUUAAUUUAAUAUCAAUAUUUCCAUUUCAAGAGAAUUAAGUUUGGUAAACAUUUAAUUCUGAUGAUGAUAA